UCCAGAAAGUAAAACGACGGAGAAGUCGAACCGAUGCGCUUCUCCGGUACCUGGCCACCAGUCGCGAUUUCAAAUUAUCCAGUUAUAGAGGUGCGAGCUUUUUUCGUCGCGCGUGUUCACCAACAACACGGCGAUGUGUUCUCGCGUUUCGUUGUUACUUUUCUCGUUCCUGUUGCUGUUCGCCGGUUACCGAUGCGAGGAAAAUGUCACCAGCGUGACCGAGGAGAACGCGUUGGCGAAACUGGUGAAAAUGUUUUCGAAACCCGGAGCGUUCAAACGAAUAAACGCGAUACUCGGUGAAAAUUCGAUCGAGGAGUCUUUCACGUCCUGUCCGAAAGGCGAGGAGGGUCUCGAGUGCAGAAGAGCCGAGGCGAGGAGGUCCGUCGACUGUCCUCAAGGCGACUGUUACUGUUACAAUUGUGCGGCAGCUGGUCCUGAAUUAUGGGCGUCCUGUUGUCGUGAAAGCUUACGUUGCUGUUCUCAUCUUGCCGCGGCUUGCAGAACCUGCGAUCAUCCCUCGUUGUAUCCAUUCUGCUCGAAGCACUUCAAGAAAUGUCUGAUCGAGCCUAACGAAAAGAAGCAGAAUUAACGUUAGUCGAUAAAAUUGUCGUUUCUUAUGGUACUUAUGAAAAAGGAUACAAAUCAAGAAUUUAAAAAAAGAGAAAAAAUAAUGGGACAUUAGCCGCAGAGAAGGAGGCAGUGAUGACGAAUGUGUAUCUCAUCUCUUCGAUUGCUUGUACACCCCAGUGCAACGAGUUUCUUUCGGUUAAGGGAAAAGGUGGGGAGUGGAGCUUGCAGAGAGUGGUGGAAUCUUCUCUCCCCUUAAAUAAGGAGCCUCGUUGCGCGAGACUGUACAUACAUUGCACUUAUAAAGGUGCAGUACCUUCGAUGCAUUGACAACUGGCAUUACCUUAUAUUAAUUAAUUUUGAAAACUGAACCUUUACCAGUUGUCAAUGUAUUAAGAGGCGAACUUUGCUGGAAUGAAAAUGAUCAUAAUCAAAUAAAAUUUCUACCAAUUUACGAACACAAA